AUGGCGGCACAUGCGUCAGCUCUUAGCGCGAAUCACUUCGCUGGGCCGUUCGCUCCCGCAAGAGACGUCUCCUCCGAAGCCCAAACCACGAGACUACAACCCCUUACGCGCUGCAAGCCCCCAUUCCCCCUCACAUACACCGGCCUUUCCGCUGGUUUUGGCGCGCGCAAACGUCAUGGCGCACGGGGUCCCCGCGCAAGCUUCACAGAAUCCGCGGAGUUAGCGCGCGCGACGGGGCCGAGCGCGGGGAUUGCCGCGCGCACGGAGUGGGAGCUCAACGUUCGGCGGCGAGCGCCGCUGGCGGAGCGAUACGGCGUGCGCGUGGAACGAGGCGUUUCCGCCGAUAAAAUCGAGGAGCUCGGAGUGGAGCGGUGGCAGCGGUGGUGGUCGCCUGGUCCGUGUGCGUACCGGUGGGACUGGCGGGUGGAGGAGCAUGUGCUCGUGACACGUGGCACUCUCAGAGUCACUCCUGAUGUGAGUAACUCCUGA